AUGCAGAUGGUUCGCCGCGUGUACAACGCCACGCCCGACGUCUUCAAUGCGAAUUUCUUCGAGAACGUGAACGGACAGAAAGUGCAGAUGAUCUUCCGCCACCCUGUAAAUGACAGGGACCAGGAGGAGGCCAGGCAGAAGUACAUCAGCGCGAUCAAGGAUGACGGCGUCAUGGAGGAGUGCAGGAGCGACAUCGUAGGGGUCUAUCUCACGGACGAGGAAGUUCGGGCGGCUGCCAAGAAAUAUCACAAGUCAGGCACGGAGGUUGAGAUGUUGAGGAGUUGGACGCCUUCACCCAGACCGAGCCUCGAACGUCUUUACCUCUUGGCGGGCGCCACCCUGAUAGAGGCAGCUUACAUGGCUCAUGCAGAGGCGCCCGAGUUGCCGAACGUCAAACUGACCAUCGAGACAGGAGUGAAGGUCAGCCUUCUCGAGUCGAGAUCGCCACCGGACGCUCUGGUGUACGUCGUGCACGAGCUGAAUGACAAGAACGCGCUCUUCACGCAAACGAACGUCAUCCAACUCUACAAAUUGUGCCCAACGAUCGAGACGCACUGGAGGCGGGACCGGAAAGCCAAGCGCCUCGCAGGAGAUGCGGACAAGGUGCAGGGUGGCGAGGCUGCUGGAGAAGAAGAAGACGGAGAAGCUGCAGGAGAAGAAGCAGGGCAGGAGGGGGCUGCUGGAGAAGAAGCUGACGGAUCCACCACAAGUAAGCCCGCUUCUACCUCUCAGGCCUCUCAGGCGGGCCUCGAGACAGAGUGCAAGGCCUUCCUGGAGAAGCAUUGCCCAAAACGCUUCAAAGCCUUCGACGCCUUCAAGCUGGCCCGCAACUUCAAAUCCGAACUCGCGAAGCUUGGCCUCUGGGACAGGUACCAGACUUGGGCAAACAAGAAUGUCACGUGGAGCGACCCGAACAUCAUCAAUAACAACGUCUUCCGUAACAACUCGAUUAUCUUGAAGGCUUUCCAGAAGAUAAUUCCCAAUGAUGAAUGGGGCGAUCGCAGCAGCGAUGACCUCCUGACGGUGCUCAAGCUUGUCCUGCCGAAUAGCAAGGCGACCUUCAGCAUGGAUUGCAAAGGCGACGCGCAGAAGAUCCACUUCUUGUUCGUCCCAGUGGAUGAGACUCCAGAGACUGUGACCAUCACCUUCCUGAACGACGUGCGACGCGCCAUCGACAUCGCAGUCCACGGCAAGGAGCGCAUGCACGACAAUAUCGAGGUCCAGCGCUUGAGCGACGACUCCAGCAGCGGCAUGUCAGAUGAGGAGCCUGGGACGGUGGAAGUAGGGCUGCAGAUCACGGACUUGCUGGCCCGCGAGCCCAAGCUUUUGUCUAGCGCGUUGGCGUUGGCAGCGGAGAUCCCAUCGUUGUCUGACAAGAACGCUCCUCCCUUCGAGUCUAUGUCCAUCCCGCUGCUGAAGAAGACUGUCGGCCCGGUGAGCAAGGCCAUCGGGAUCAUGUGGCAGCGGAUUACAAACCCGCGCGACGAGGAUGUCCAGAAUCUCCGAGCGGCCUCCUCCAUCAGCGAGGCCGCAGACAUCAUGCUGACCUUGAUCACGGACGCCGUCUGGGCUACUUUCAACCCGAGUGUCAUCGAGCUUGGCACGUACUGCUACGCAACAGUCAAGGGCGACAGUGACCAGAGGGACCAGAAGCAGCCUCCGGAGGAAAAGUCAAAACAGUUCACGUGGGCCACUAUCAACACGAAGAUCAAGACGCUUGACCAGGUCUGGCCCAGCAUUUCGAAGCUCGAGGAGUUCCUGAAGAUGUGGGCCGUCUGCGUGAAACUUCUGUUUGGGGAGUUGCUUGAAUCCUUCGACGAAUUGAAGAUCGAUCAGAAGGUGAGCGCUGACAUCCGCAAGAGCAUUCCCUUGGUGAACGCCUUCGCCACUCGCUGCCCCGAAGCCGUGUCGGCCAUCGACUGCAACAAGAUCCAGAAGAAGGAGUGGACGGUUGCGUGGAAGAACAUCUUCAUGAACGCCCAGAACUUGACGUCUGAGGAGUUCGCAGGAGAUAAGGACGACAAGUUUUACAAGGAUCUCGAAGUCACCAUGAAGAGCAAGGUUUCCAAGUAUCCCAAGGCAUUCCUGGAGACCGAUUUCAAGAAGAAGCUGUCUAGCCACAUCAUCAUCGAGAAGGACCUGGCAAAUAAGGAGAAGCAUGAGGCCAUGAUCAAGCAUCUCGCCGCAUACGAAGUCAACGAGGUUCGCAAGAAGACGGACGCAAUUGAGAAGAUGUGGAAGGAUACCAUCUCAGCGGUGAUGAUACAGGAGUCUGGGGGGCACGACGGAAUCCUCGCUGAAGAAGUUGCGUCACAAGUCGAUGAGGCAAUGGAGGCCGUGACUACGAACGCCAGCGAUGAGAAGACACUGGUGCAGUUCCCUACCUACGGCACGUCCGAAACAAGUGCAAGUCUGAAGGCAACAGUCUGGAACCCUACCGUCUAUUCGCACGUGACAACGGCCGCUGCCUUUGACGAGUGGUCCUCCGGGCGCAUGAACGACACUGGCGAAGGCGACCUGGCGAUCAAGCUUAGGAACGGAACGGCAUCUAGGCUCUACGCUAACAUUCAGAACGCCAUCGGCCAUGAUCUCAAAUUCCAUCUUCCUGGCAGGUUCAGCACAUCUACCGUCGGUUCACUGGGCUACAAGGCCGAGGCCAAACUGCUGACUGAAAAGUCCUCCGAGAACUCUGGAAGAAGUGCGAUGACGUCGGUCGGGGCUGUGCGCGGUCAGUGCGUGCCUGGUUGGAUGGUGCGGGUCGUCAACCUUCGCAAAGGUGCCCGCGUGCAGCCAGGAGAUGAGAAGUACGAGAUCCCAACUAUGAUCGAAGGGCCCCCUGCCGAGGUAAAUGUCAUUAGCAGUGACGAGAAAACCAAGUUCCAGGUAUUUGUGAAGAGCUUGGUUCCGAAUCCUACCUACCUCCAGAUCGCAUUGAAUGACGAGGAGCAGAAGAGGCUGGAACGCGAGAUUAUGGACAAAAGUAAGUCAGAUAAGUCAGAGAAGUCAGAUAAAUCAUUUAAGAAACGCACUUUUCACUCCAUGAUGGCCGAGCUGACCCGCAACCCCUUCGACGAGGAAGUCGACAUGGCCGCGAUUGCCUUGGGGAAAAACCGCCAGAAAGCUGCCGAGUCGGAACUGAAGAAGGAGGUGAUUCUCAACGAGGUGGACGCAGAC